UAUUAAAGAGUUAUCUACCCAUUAUUUAACGCCAGGUGGCUAAAACACGUGGCCUUCCUUUCACCACGACAUUUUGAUUUGAUUUUAUCUUUAAACUGCCUACGGCUGUCCCUGAUUCACCAAGAUGGUCAAGGAAGAUAAAACAACCUGGAAAUCAAAAUACUUCUUGAAAAUUGUUCAAUUAUUCGAUGAGUAUCCCAAGUGCUUCAUCGUAAAUGCCGAUAAUGUUGGUUCCAAACAGAUGCAGUCUAUUCGUAUGAAUUUACGAGGAAAAGCUGUUGUAUUGAUGGGAAAGAAUACUAUGAUGAGAAAGGCUAUAAGAGGUCAUCUUGAAAACAACUCGCAUCUAGAAAGAAUCUUACCUAAAAUUAGAGGUAAUAUAGGAUUUGUUUUUACCAAGGAAGAUUUGGUUGAGGUUCGAGAUAUCUUGAUGGCUAGCAAGGUAAAAGCUCCUGCCAAAGCCAAUGCUCUCGCUCCCUUAGAUGUCAAGGUCCCAGCUCAGCAGACCGGUCUCGGUCCAGAAAAGACCUCUUUCUUUCAAGCUCUACAGAUCCCUACUAAAAUUACUAAGGGAACAAUUGAAAUCUUGAAUGAAGUAAACUUGAUUAAAGAGGGAGAUCGUGUCGGAGCCUCUGAAGCUACUUUACUAAACAUGUUAAACAUUUCACCCUUUACUUAUGGGUUGGUCAUCGAAAACAUUUAUGAUUCUGGAACUAUCUUCAGUCCUAGAAUUUUAGAUAUUACUGAUGAUUACUUGAAGGGCAUCUUCAUGGAUGGUGUAAGAAAUAUUGCUGCUAUUUCACUGGUUGUUGGUUAUCCAACAGUAGCAUCUGCACCUCACUCUAUUGCAAAUGGUUUCAAAAACAUAUUGGCUCUUGCUUGUGUUACUGACAUCACCUUCAAGGAGGCAGAGAGGACCAAAGAAUAUUUGGCAGAUCCAUCUAAGUUUGCUGCAGCUGCUGCGCCAGCUGCUGCUGCUGCAGGUGCCCCUGCCAAGAAGGAAGAAGCCAAGAAAGAAGAAUCUGAGGAAUCUGAUGACGACAUGGGCUUUGGUCUCUUUGACUAAUUCCUCGCCAAUCAACCAACAUUGGACAAGGCAUUUAAAUUCUACAAUGCCGAAUUGCUGAAUUCAGUUCAUAUGGCUUGUGGAAUUGACAAAUAAAAAAGACUUGUCAAGAAA